AUUCAUGUCUUAUAAUGUUCAUGCGGCGUGUCACAUAGUCUCUGAUGUUCAAGAGCUUAGUGAUUUGGAUUCUCACAGUUCUUUCGGAUACGAAAAUAACAUGCCAGAAUUUCGCAAGUUAAUACGCAAGCCUAAUCAUCUUCUUCAACAGUAUUAUAAAAUAAUUAAGGAAUUAAAUCAUUUGAAUUCAGUGCCGGUUGAUAAUGCCAUUCGCAUACAACCUUCAUUGCCUCAUGCCGAAGGUCCUCUUCCUCAAGAAAUUCUAGAUAAUUCAUGCCAACAGUUUCAGAAAUUGAUAAUUGGAAAGAUUACACUUGCUAAAAAUUUACGUGACUGCUGUAUCCAACUCCAAGAUGGAAGAAUUGGAUUAAUAAAGAACAUUGUGCAGGUAGAAGACGAAUUCUCUCUCAUUUUUCAAGCCUAUCGAACAAAGAAUGGUGUAUACGACAUUGGAAUAUCAUCUGAAGUUGCUGGGGUAUUUAAGUGUACAAACUUGUCGAAUUCAAUGGAAGUAGUUUCACUCAAUCAAGUGAAAGACAAAUGUUACAGAAUGCCUUGUUGGAGUACUGCACUAGGACAAGAAGAAAAUGUAAUAGAAAAUGACUGGGUAUGUUCAGUACUAUGCAGUCAACAAGAAAUUCCUCAAAUUUAAUAUCUUAUGUAGAAGCAUUUGAAAAGCUUGUAUGCUACAUAAUAUCAUGCCAUGGAAAAUAUGAGAGAGAAAGACGCACCUCCUAAUGCGGUCAAAAAGAUGUCCCUUAAAAAUACUGCAAUCGAGAAAGCCAAAGGAGCAAAAGUUGCAUCAAAAACAGUAAACAAAAUGUUUAUUAAAAAUACCCUAAGAGUAUCCAGUACAGGGAGAAAAAUUACAACACCUAAGAACAUUUUAAGCACUUCUGACGAAGAGACUAUCCCGAAAAUAUCCAAAAAAGCAAAAACUGUCACCGGAAGCUUAAAAAACUUGAAAAAACUGGCGAUAAGUUUAAACCUAGAAACUGAUAAGCAAAGAGACCAACAGCAGCAUUCAGAAGUUCAGAAGUCAGGAGUAUCAAAUUCUGGAAGCUUGCAAGUUGGUGCACAUCAGACCACAACUCAGCAAAUCCAGAAAAUUGAUCUUUCAAAUAAUAAAUUAUAUUCUAGGACGGACAAAGUACAGCAUUCAGGAAAUCAGAAUGCAGGAACAUCAAAUUCUGGAAGCAUACAGCUAGGUGCAUAUCAGAGCUUAUACCAACCAAAGCAGAAAAUCCCUCUUUCAAAUUUAAGUGUGACCUCAUUAAGACAGAACGCACUGCCCAUGUCUCCAAAUUCCAUGCAAAUAGUUAAUGACAGUGGUGGUCUUACAGAAUUAGUAUUUUUGUCUGAUUCAACGUCUAAUAUGUUUGAUAAUAAUAAUCAAGAUGGCGGUGAAAACGAAUUUUUGGAGUUCAAAAACGAUUAUUUGAAGUUUAAAAACGAUUUUUUGGAGUUCAAAAAUGAAGUGUUGCGGAGAUUCGACAAUUUAGAGAAUCAGAAUGCAGAAAUUCUCCACUUACUGCAGUUGCGUUCAGAUUCUGACCGAGUUGUAGAGGAGACAUUGUAUCAACCUUUGAUAGGUUUCCCUAUUAAAACGGUAGAAGAGUUUCAAGCUUUAGAAGCUGAUGAGAAUAAAGAGAUUCGCCAAAAAGUACACGAUCACCUGGUGAGACUUGGUGGAUCUAAAUUAAAAGAAUUUUUGAGCUGCGCUCUCAAAGAGGUAAUGGCGGACCAACUGGUAACCAAGUUUACUUGGAACAAAACAAGUGAAACAGAAAAAUUCGGAGACACUAAAGUGUCUAACAUAUUUUACCGAGCUGCUUGUAAAUGUUCUUUAUUCGAAGGGCCUGCCAAUAAAGAGGUUUACAAGUUAUCUAUGUUAGACGUACUAAAAAGCACGAAGCAGCGAUACAGAAAUAAAAUUAAAAAAAGUUUACAACUACCAAGACAAAAUGAAGUAGAAGACGAUAAUAGCAGUAAUGACGGUGAUGAAGAUGAUAACAGCGAGCAAUAUGACGGUGACGAAGAUGAUGGAAACUAUGAUGAUGAGGACAUGGACAUGCAAGAAUAAUUUGUAUAAAAAAGUUAAAGAAAAAAUUGUCGAGAGAUUUGUGUAACAUUAAGUGUUAAAUUACUUUUAUUUUUUUAACUUAUAUUUAAUUUUAUUAAUACUUUUAUGUUUAAUUUUAAGUGUGUUCAGUAUUAUACAAAAUAAGUAAAAAAUAAAUAUUUUUCCAUAUAUUUGUUUUAUUUUUACAAUUUAUAAAUUUAGUUAUUUACCAUUUUGGUAUAAUAAAUGUAGGCAGAUAUGCAUCGGACCAUCGGGCGCCCUAACGUGCGCCGGACCACCGUGCGGGUGAUAUCGCCAGCAAUGGCACUUACAUUGCGCUACUCAAAUGCCGGCACGUUAGUUCCAUCAAUCUGCACGUGGUCCGGCUUAUACGCAGUUAACAUGCGCACAUUUUGUUAUCUGGGACAUGAUAUUACACAAUAAUACUUAUUAUUACAAGACAUUACAAAAUAUUACAGAUAUUACAGGUAUUACCGAGUAUUACCAGGCAAGUGUACACUUGACUACCAGAGUAAAUUCCCCCUCGCAAAAAAGCGAGUUUUUUGAGCAUGUGUGAUAAAAAAAAUAUAUAUAUGUGACGUGUCGCGAAGAAAGGGACCUUAGAAGCUAUAGGUUAUAUUUUGUUAUUUUGAAAUGAAAAUACACAAAGUGGAUUAAAUUUUAAUGCAAACCAAUGAUAUUUAAGUCUUUUCUAUAUUCAAAACACGAUGUAUGAAUAAGGAGUCUUCACUCCAUGUGUCGAUUGGAUGAAAAAUGUCCCCAAUUAUGGUAAAAGCAUUCCGGAAAAUUAGAAUAGUCGGAGGUGGCGUUCGUAACGGGAAAAACCUGAAACUUUUGAUAUUCCUAUGGAAAGUCGUCUGCUAUGUUGUUGUAGUGUCAUGUUGUCUUAAUAUUAUUUUUUAUAUAAUUAACUUAAGUUCACGAAGUUUCUGAUUAAAAGCAUUUAUAUUGUAAUAAAAAAUUAUAUUUGAAAAUAUAGUGUUUGAUUUUAAAGAAAAUAAUCGCAAUAAUGUAUAAGAAUAUUACCACAGUAAGUAUUUAUAAUUUUUUUUAAGUGAAUGUUAACCUAUAAUUUUAAC